AUGCAACAGCGAAAAACACAAAGAGCAUCACAACGUACGCCCAUACGUUUGGCUUGGCCAUCGUAUUUUUUUUUUCUGUUGUCUUUUACUCACCCAAGGAGAAUUGAUAAACCGGCGUGCGGUCGUGUUCACAAUUUCCCAGUCCACGCUCCGCAGACCUCUUUUGGACUGUCCGGUGGUGGCGUCCUUUUAAGCGGAAAUUUAAAGUCGCCGGAAAAAACACGGAGAUUUCGUUAA